AUGCGAAUUCCAUCAGGAUGUUCAAAACUAGAAACUACAGUCAUUGUGGAUAAGGUCAAAGGAAUGAUUUUUGGUGCUCUUUUGGGUGACAGUCUGGGACUAGCAACAGAAGGAUUAUCUCGAUCAGAAAUCAAACAAAUUUAUGGAAAUGGACCAAUACGUUUUGGCAUGGAUGAGGAUGGCGUACCAUUUUAUCGCGAUGAGUAUAGAUCAAGAUUUGAAGAAAAUGACUUUGGUGAUGACGCCGAACAGGUCUUGUUGGUCAUGGAAUCCAUUUUUGAGAAUAGCGGGCAUUUUCUACCAAAGGACUUUGCAAACAGACUCUAUGCUUAUGGAACACAAGGUAUCAAAGGCUUGCAUAAACCACCUACGGCUAAUGGAUCUUUGGUCAGGGCACCAUUGUUAGGAGCAAUUAAGUUCUGGGAUGGUACGACCGUAAUUGAGAACACUGCAGAAUGCUGUCGCAUCACUCACCCUGAUCCACGCUGCUUGAUAUCAUGUGCCAUUAUGUCUACUUUAAUUGCAAGGUAG